AGCGCGCUGGAUUAAGCGCGUGCGUGUGGAGUGUGGCGUAGCGGCGCUCGUGCUACUUACUCCGAGUCACAACGAGCUGACGUCUCGUGGGCCGGAACAGCUACAUUACAGUAAAACGUAUAAGAAUUAUCCAAAAAAAAUACUACGACAGUCGUUUCGCCGCCGAGACGAAGGGAUGGAGUUCCCUGUGGAUGUGCUAGAAGCCACAAGUCACGGGGAGCUGGAGCGCUCGGCUCGUAGCUACAUGAAUGAGCUGCUUUACGCUGACCCUGACCACGCACAAUACUUCACACUGCCUGGUGGGAAGGAGGUUCAGAUCAGUCUGUCAAGCGUGGGCUUUGUUCCUCUGUAUGGAGCCAAUCUCCAGCACAAAAUCCUGGCUCUCUUCACCCCACAGGACCAACAUACAGCUGUGGCUUUGUUUUUAGCCAAUAAGUGGUACUCUAUGGAAGACAUCCUAAAAACAGCAAAUUCCAAGCGUGAUCGCCUCAUCAAGGUGAGAACUGUGGGUGAAAGGAUUGUCUUGUACGUGUUGAACCGCAUUGUUUACCGCACUAAAGAGAUGGGAUGUAGAGAGAUGCCCUUCCUGUGCCACGGUGAAAACGACUAUGCCAAAAUCCUCUGGAAGAAUGGCCAAGCUGUUGGGUUCUACUCAGUCAAACCAAAAGGUAGCCUGUGUAAUAAUUAUCUGGGUCAGUGCUACUUUCUCCCUGUCAUGGACUCCAUAUUUGUGAGGAAAGCUCACCGGGGCAAAGGCUAUGGGCUGCAGAUACUGGAGGAUUUUGUGGAUUCUUUUAAUGAGGAUGAACUUGGCCUAAGGUACCCUUUGUCUCCAGCUAUGACAAAUGUGUGUAGGCAUUAUCUGGACCGUUACCCAGCUGAUGUAGACCUGUUCUGGGAGGUAGAGAGUGUCGGUGGCCCCUACCAGAGGACCAAAGUGGCUUAUAAACUCAGCUCUAUACCACUGAAUGCAGACACUCAUAAAGGUGACCAUGGUGGUGGCAGUGGGCAAAAUGGAGAUGUUGUGGAGGACGAGGUGGAAGAACCAGAGGACACCAGUUUUAACAUCACCGAAGACAUUCUUGUGUUCAACAAGCAUCAUAAAGUAACUGAAGAGUUAGAUACACCAAUCUCCACUCGUACCCGGAGCAGUGAGCACAGGAGGAGGAAGCGAGUCCGUGACGAACAGGAGCCAAAGGGGGUGGAUAGUCGGCCAGACAAAAUAAACAGGGUGGAAAUAACAGAAGAGGAGAAAAAGGAAUUACAAACUGCUGAUGGUGUAUCAGUUGAAUCGAUGCCUGAGGCUCCUACUGAGACCCUGGUAUCACACACAGACACACACACAACUCUAGAAGUGAACUACAAACAGGCUGAAAAUAACGAAGGGGUUAAGGAGGGUACAGAUGAGGAGGAUGAAUCCGGUUUGGAGAACAGCUCUGGCGUUGAGGGAGGAGAGGACAUGGAGGUUGAGGAGGUGUCCGAGGAACACAAAGCUCCGGUACAAAAGUUUGAACAUACACAAGAUGACGCUCAUACUGAGGAUACUCAAGAGGUGCAAGCUGCAGAGCAACAGGAAUCAGCUCCUGCUACUGAGGAUAACCGAGAAAUGGAAAUAGAUCCUGUGGCUCCUCUGAAACAAAAAGAAGAUUCUCCUGCAGCUGAGAAGAAUGGGGUUGCUACCAAGGUACAGAAAGAAGUAGACACAGCUCCUACAGCAGCUCCUGCAGUUAAGAAACAAGACGUAGCUCCUGUAGAUGAAGAGAAACAGGAAGUAUCACCUGCUGCUGAGGAGGAACAAGAAGUAGCCCAUGAAGCUUAUAAGAAACAGGAAGCAGCUUCUGUUCCCGAGGAGAAUCAAGAAGUAGCUACUGCAGAUAUGGAAGAAGACAUAGUAGCUCCUGUGUCUGAAGAGGAACAGGAAGGAGCUCCUGCAGCCGAGAAGGAAGACACAGUAGCCGUUGCAGCUGAGGAGCUACAGGAAGGAGAUCCUGUAGCUACACAAAAAAAGGAUGAAACUACUGUUGAUGUAGAGGAACCGAAAGGUGCUCCUUCAGUUCAGGAGGUACAGGAUGUCGGUCCAGAAGUUGUGAAAAAUGAAGUCGAUUCUGAAGAGGAACAGGAAGUAGCUCCUGAAAUGGAGAAAUAUCAAGUAGUUUCUUCUGCUGAGGAGGAACAGCACGUAGUUUCUGCAGCCGAAGAUAAAGAAGUAGAUCCUCCCACCGAAGAGACGUCUUCUUCACCUGACACUGAUACUGACGGAAUAGAAGGACAAGAUGAGGCUAUGGAUGUAGUGAGUGAUAUCGUAUUGACCGGCAUUUCUGUAAAGUCUUCUAAAGAAGAGGAGAGGCAGACUUCUGGAAAGAACCAAAACAACACACUGAUGCCGGAGGAAGAGGAGACAGCUCAGAAAGAGGUCGAGACGGAUGAAGAGGGAGAGGAAAAUAACGUGAAUGAAGCUUUUGAUAUUUCAAGGGUUCUUCGAGGAACCAGAACCAAAGUGGUGCCUCCAACCUCCAAACGCACCUCUAAGAGACUGAGCAAGAUGACACUGGAGGACGAAGAGGAAGAACACAGAGAGGCAAAAUUCGUAGAAGAAGACAAGGGAAUGAGCACAGAGGAAGAAAAGGUGACGACAGAGGAGGAGGCAGAGCAUAGUUCAGAAGAGGAGGAGCAACAACAGGAUCCACCAGUGAUCGACAAGAGGGUGCUGAGGGGGAAAACCAAAGUGAUCCAGUCCAUGCAGCGAACCAGAGCCAAGCGACGUAGCAAGAUGUGAAAACACACACACGUACACACACGUACACUUGCUCACAGAAUCUCAAAUAACCUGAACACAGUUUAAUCUCAUACACACACACACACACACACACACACACACACACACACACACACACACACAAAUAGUCAUUUAAAAUGAAAGGUUCCAAUACACAGAACAGCCACUAGUGGAUUAAAGCUCUUCUGUCUGUGUGUGUGUGUGUGUGUGUGUGUGUGUGUGUGUGUGUGUGUACGCGAGACUGCGUGAGCUUGUGUGUGUGUGCAUAUCUGUGUACAAUAUAUUCAGUCUAUAUAAACACAUACAAAACUGAGCUUAAACCUUGUGUGUGGGUUUUUAUAGUGCUGGAUUUUUAUAUUGCAAUUUCGGGUUGCAAUGAUUCUGUCUUCAAACUCUUCCUAAAGUUUUUGUUAACUCACUUUUUAUUACUAAAACUGUGUAGAAAUAAGAAGCUAUUUUGUAUGAAAUAUGUCAGCUCUUCCUGUCCUUCCUAUACAAAACAAUCACUAUUAAACCCAAUUUAGCCAUUAUGAAUAAUUCUUUGUCUCGUUUUAGAACCAAUUUUUAAAAAGUCCUUGUCGACUUCACCUCUCUGUUUCACCAGGGUUUAAGCUUGAACAGUCAGGAUUGUGUUAUGAUUUUCAAUUUGUUUGUCACCUGUCUGCAUUAAUUUCUCUCUAUUUUUCCUCUAAAAAGACAAAGGAAUUACAGACUUCUAGAUUUGACUGGAACUAAAAGACGUAUGAAGAAUUUACAAUAAGUAUAGAUAAAUGCUUAUCAAUGACCUUAGUGUGAUUAAAAAUAGUUCUUUUGCUGCAUCACAUAACAAGAAAAGAAAUAUAUUUACCCCUUAUGUUAGACACAUUUUAAGUUUGUAUCUCUGUGAAUUUAUUUGUUUGUUCAUUUUGCUUUACCACAUGGGGGAGCUCUAAGGUUAACACACACACACACACACACAAAUGCACAGACUCCAUAUUUUCCUACAUACACCCCAACGGCACUAAUAACUGUUUUCAGGCAUUACAGUGUGUUUCUGUACCUUUCACCGGUGUCAGACUUCUGACUACCACCUUUACCUUCAAUUCUGAUUAUAUUGUAAUAUUGUACCCAAAUAAACAUUUGAGGCCUUAUGCCCUUUAUACUAUUAAUAUUUUUUAAAAUAUAAAGGUGUUACACAAGGGCAUCAUUUUUUUUAUUUAAUUUUUUUUGUGUGAGAAUUUCUGCAAUUUAUUCCAGACACUCCUGUACCAUGUUACUGACAUUAAUUAAGCUGUGACUUUAUUUCUUUAGAGAAUAAAUCAUUCAUUUAUGAAGUUUAUUAUGUAA